AUGGAUGAGCCACCAUCGAAAAAAUCUCGCGCAGAUAGCGAGUACGAUUCGGGAUUAGAAGCUCUAAAUGCUCUCGAUAGUUUAGAACCUCUUCCAACUUCAAGCAAAGACUCAGAGCUGGACAAUCCCAGUACAUCUGCUGGAGGAUCAGUUGGCCCAUCUGGAUCAACACCUCAACAGCAUCCACCAUCACAAGGCACUCCACAACCGUCUCAGUCUAAUAACGGUGGUUUCAAUCUUCAACCAGGGCAACCAGGCGUUCAACAGCAACAGACAAUGGGUGGGGCCGCCAAUGGUUCUGUGCUGCAAGAACUUUUAAUGAAUCCUUCACAAACAUCGAAUAAUUCACCACGGCCCCCUGGGUAUCCAACAGGUCAACAGAAUGCGUUCAAUAGGAGUCCAAUGAUGCCAAACGGAACACCGAACAUGAUGUCACCACCGACUAUGGGUGGACGAGUUCCCGGUCCUAGUCCUGGUGGACCACAACAAGUUCCAGGACAACCACAAAUGCGACCUGGCCAGCAAACUAUGUUUCCACCUGGAAGUGAGCAGCAGAUGAUGAUGGGAGGCCAAGGACAACCGUUUUCACAAAUGAUGCAUAGAGGCUAUCCAUAUGCACAAGGUGGCCCCCCAGGAACGCAAGGAAUUCCCCCACAGUAUCCAGGAGCCGGUCGGGGCGGACCAACUCCAGGACAACCAAUGGGGCGUGGAGCAAUGAUGAAUGGGACGAUGGGAAGAGGUGGUCCAAUGGCAGCACAAGGAAGACCCGGAAUGACACCAAACCAACAACAGGUGAUGCAGCCAAUGAUGGAUCGACAGCAGUUCAUGCAGCAGCAAGGGCAGUAUGGUCAACACCGCCCCGAUUUCAUGCAACAAUAUGGCCGGGGUCCUGCUGCCGGAUAUCCGCCAAUGAUGCAUCAUUCACAACAGCAGAUGAUGAUGGAUGCGAAUGGUCGUCCACCAACUCAUAUGAUGAUGAUGACCAAUGGACAUCCUGGAAUGGGCCAUGGCCCACAAUCAGGACAACUAGGAGCUCAAUCCGUAGCUGCACAACAUGCUGCACAACAAGCGGCGGUUGUUGCAGCUCAACAUGCAGCUGCCCAGCAGCAACAACAACAGCAACAAAGAGAGCAAGAGGCUGCAGCGGCUGCACAACGGAAUGGUGCCGCUCGUGCAACAACUCCAGGAUCUAGCAUGCUCGCUACUCACCAAGAUCCAGAGAAGAGAAAACUGAUACAACAACAGUUAGUGCUGCUGCUUCACGCACAUAAGUGCUCUCAACGAGAAAAGGAAAACCGUGAUUAUGCAGCGAAGAACCAGCCACUUCCACACGCCCCUUGCACUUUGCCACACUGCUCUACGAUGAAAGAUGUGUUGACCCAUAUGACAAGCUGCAACGUUGGUCGACUGUGUCCAUUUGCCCAUUGUGCAUCGUCUCGACAAAUAAUUGCUCAUUGGAAGAAUUGUUCUCGAGAAGACUGUCCUGUAUGCAAACCUCUCAAGAGGAUACAGGAUACUCCGCUUCAAUUUUCAUUGCCUGAUCUUGCCAACCUGAUCGGAGUAAAUGGAAAUUCAAAUGGAAGUGCAGAAGGAGAGGGAAUGUCGCAGUUUGGUUCUCCUGCAAUGCGUACUGGGCACAUUACGAAUACGUUGUUCGAAGGUUACCCUGGCGAUCCAUUCCGUAAUGGGCCGAACCGCGGAGGACCACAGCGACCAGGUGGUAGCAACGGAGAGAUUCCCAACUUACCACCACCGGAUAUGCCAGAUUGUACAAAGGAAUGGCAUCAUCAAGUCACCAAAGAUCUCCGGAAUCAUCUUGUUGGAAAGUUGGUGAAGGCCAUAUUCCCGGAGCCAGAUCCAGGAGCAAUGAAUGAUAAUAGAUUGAAAGAUUUGAUAGCUUACGCUAGAAAAGUUGAGAAGGAAAUGUUCGAAUCGGCAAAUGAUCGAGAAGAAUACUAUCAUCUACUUGCUGAGAAGAUUUACAAAAUCCAAAAAGAACUCCAAGAAAAGAAGAACUCGCGGUUAAAUCAAGGAGCUGCUGCACAUGAUCCGUAUAACAACAUUCCACCAUCGAACGAACUUGCCCAAAUGCUGGGAGUCGAAGGACGUAACGAUGCUCAUAUGGAAGGAAGCAGUAUAGCAAUCGCACCAUCUCAGCAGAAUCAACAAUGGGGAGGAGCUCCGAACUCUAAUAUGCAACAGCAGAUGCCCCCGAACGGUCAGAUUCCACCUUUUAACAAUGGAUCUACAUUCCCUCAAAGUGGAAACAGCACACCUAACAUUGGCGCUUCAUCGUCAAAUGCUAGCGCUUUGAUUCACCCAAAAACGGAACCAAUGGAUGAACAAAAUACUGAUUCGAUGGGCUCGAGACCACCUACAGCGGUUGGGUUAGGAGGAUCAAGUUCAUCAACUCCAGCGCCAGUAAUGAAUGGAACAAUCAAGAAAGAAGAUGAUCCUAUGGAUGAGGCUUCAAAUCAACCCCCCGAUUCCGCGAAGGAGGCAAAGGAGAACGCUGUCGAUAAUAAGCCAAAAGAACCUCAAGUGAAACGGGAACCAACACCACCGCCGACGGAAGACACAGUUUUUACACAAGAAGAUCUCAUAAAGUUCUUGCUUCCGGUGUGGGAAAUAUUGGACAAGUCAGAGGACGCUUUUCCAUUCCGUCUUCCAGUAGAUACAAAGCUUCUCAAUAUUCCGGACUACCAUGAAAUAAUCAAAAAACCGAUGGAUCUGGAAACGAUACACAAAAAGCUGCAUUCAAGUCAGUACCAAAAUGCUGGUCAAUUCUGCGAUGACAUAUGGCUGAUGCUCGACAAUGCUUGGCUCUACAACCGGAAGAACAGCAAAGUUUACAAGUUCGGAAUCAAGUUAUCGGAGUUAUUCGUCGCUGAAAUGGAUCCAGUAAUGAAAGUCAUGGGAUAUUGUUGUGCUAAGAAACUCGCUUUUACACCACUCUCACUAUUCUGUUAUGGUGCUGCCAUGUGUACAAUUGCAAGAGAACAGCAGUAUUGGGUUUAUGAGCAGAGUUCCACUCAAUUCAACGUGACUGUCACCGAAAGAUAUACAUAUUGUCAAAAGUGUUUCGACAACCUUCCACCAGAAGGAAUUUCAUUAUCGGAGAACCCGAAUGAUCGUUCCAAUAUGGCUCCGAAGACUGCUUUCGUAGAACAGAAAAACAGUGUGAUUGAUUAUGAACCAUUCGAACGCUGCAAGUAUUGUAUGCGGAAGUGGCAUAGAAUUUGUGCACUUCAUGAUAAAAAGGUCUACUCAGACGGAUUCAUAUGCGAGUGUUGUCGGACAGCGAAGAAAUAUCCAAAGCCGGAAAACAAAUAUCUUGCUAGUAAACUUCCACACAACAAACUGUCAUCAUUCCUCGAAGAUCGUGUCAACGGAUUCAUAAAGAAACAGUUACAAGCGGAAGCACACAAAUAUCCAGUUAUAAUACGAACACUUUGUGUGCAAGACAAGGAAGCUGAGGUUAAACCUCAGAUGAAACAGAAGUACGUGGAAACGAAUCAGUUCCCUGAAAAGUUCCCCUAUCGGACGAAAGCAGUGUUUGCAUUUGAAAUCAUCGAUGGUGUCGAAGUGUGCUUUUUUGGUCUUCAUGUUCAAGAAUAUGGAAGUGAAUGCCCUGCUCCGAAUGCCCGACGAGUAUACAUCGCUUAUCUUGACUCAGUUCAUUUCUUCCAACCACGAGAACUGAGAACGGACGUAUAUCAUGAAAUACUUUUGGGAUACUUGGAUUAUGCGAAGGCGCUUGGUUAUACCAUGGCUCAUAUUUGGGCUUGCCCACCAUCAGAAGGAGACGAUUACAUCUUCCAUUGCCAUCCUCCUGAGCAGAAGAUUCCGAAACCAAAACGCCUUCAAGAUUGGUACAAGAAAAUGUUAGAGAAAGGAGUUCAAGAAGGUAGCGUUGUGGAAUUCAAGGAUAUAUACAAGCAAGCACGAGAUGAUAAUCUGGUGACACCAACUCAACUGCCAUAUUUCGAAGGAGAUUUCUGGCCAAAUGUCAUUGAAGACUGUAUACGGGAAGCAUCGAAUGAGGAAGCCCAGCGAAAAGUUAAAGAAGAAGAUGAUGAUGGUGAUGAAGCUGAUGGAGGCCUUGGUGGAAAUGAUAGUGGAAAAAAGAAGAGUACCAAGAACAAAAAGAACAACUUGAAGAAGAGCUCUAAGAUGAACAAGAAGAAGGCCGGAAGUAUCACCGGAAAUGAGGUCGCCGACAAGUUGUUUUCACAGUUCGAGAAACAUAAAGAAGUUUUCUUCACUAUCCGACUUGUCAGUCUACAAGACGAACCAGCUGUGUUGGCAAAUAGAAUAGUUGAUCCUGAUGGUUUGAUGCCUUCAGAUAUGAUGGAUGGUCGUGAUACUUUCCUUACGAAAGCAAGAGAAGAACAUUGGGAGUUUUCAUCAUUGAGAAGAGCGAAGUACUCGACUCUUUGCCUCGCCUAUUCUCUUCACGAGACUGAUUCGAAAGGAAUGGAGUACAGUUGUAACAAAUGUAACGGACCUGCUGCGUGGCAUUGUCAGAGUUGCGAAGACUUCGAUUUGUGUGAAAGUUGCAAGGCACAAACAACGCAUCAUCACGAGAUGGAGAAGAUCAAGUCAAUUCUUCAGGAUAACCAAGGAGAUAGCGCUGCUGGUGGUACUCGCUACGAAAGCAUCCAGAGAUGUAUCGCAUCUCUUGUUCAUGCUUGCCAAUGUCGUGACGCAAACUGUAGAAGGAUGUCGUGUCACAAGAUGAAACGGGUCGUUCAGCACACGAAGAUGUGCAAGAAGAGGAUCAAUGGAACUUGCCCAGUUUGUAAACAACUUAUUGCUCUGUGCUGUUACCAUGCUAAGCAUUGUACGCGAGACGGUUGCACAGUUCCAUUCUGUAUGAACAUUCGUCAGAAACUUGCUGAACAGAAACGGUCACAACAACGACGAGCGGAUAUGAUGAUGAGAAGAAGAAUGGAAGGGCUUCAGUCACAUGUCGGAGGAGGUGCCGUCGCUCCACCAACCCCAAGUACGUCAACAAACGGAGCUCCAAGUAAUGCACCGACGCCGCCAGUCAAUGCGGGACCAGGCUCAAGUAGUAACGUUGCUGCGAAAGGAGGCGGAGUUGGUCAGGUACAGAUGCAACAACAGCAAGGCAGUCACAUGGGCAGUGGAGGACCACUGAGUGCAGGAAUUGGUCAAGGAAUGGGUAGCUUUGGCGGAAUGUCUGGAAUGGGUGGAGGUCCAAGUUCACAAAAUGGACCACUUCCAGGAUUAAAUCAGCCGAUGAGCUCUUCGAACCAGAAUCGAUUUCUUCCUAAUGGCCAAGGAUUCGGUCAACCUCAAGUGCCGGGAGGACAGCAAAAUAUGUACCCGGGAAUGCAAAGACCAGGCAUGAAUCAUGGAGGUUUAGGAGGAGGAAUCUCACUCCCACCACAACAACAGCAGCAGCCUGGACAACAUCUAGGACAACAGCAACCAGGCUGUCAAGGAAUGCCUAAUAUGGGUCAGAACCAACCAUUCAGAUCAAAUCAAGAUAUGUAUAACAUGAUGAACAUGCAACAACAACAAGGUCAACAACAACCUCAGGGACCUAUCGAUCCCACGUUACAACCACAGAUAACUAAGAUCAAUGCCCGGUUAAAAGCCGCAAAAACUAAAGCAGAACGAGAUUCGGUGUUCUCUGAUCUCAAGAAGACGCCUCAUUUAUUUCAUGCUUGGCUAAGGGUACACGGAAACAACGCGCAAUACCCACCAGGAAUGGCUCAACAGAUGCAAGGCCUUCCUCAAAUGCAAAUGGGUCAAAACCAACAACAACAACCUGGAGGUAUGCGUGGUAAUGUGAACUUUCCGGCUGGACCGAAUGGGAAUCAACCACGUGGACCAGGUGGCCAAUUCGCCUCAAUGAAUCCCGGAAUGCCACAGCAUGUUCAACAACAGCAACAAGGAUGGCCACAACAACGGCAACAAAACCCUGGACUGCCUCCAAAUCCGAUGCAAUUCAACCAGAACCGACAACAGCAAAUGAUGAUGAUGCAGCAACAACAAUCUCAUCCUUCAAAUGCUGGUGGAGCCGGUCGGGGCGGACCAACUCCAGGACAACCAAUGGGGCGUGGAGCAAUGAUGAAUGGGACGAUGGGAAGAGGUGGUCCAAUGGCAGCACAAGGAAGACCCGGAAUGACACCAAACCAACAACAGGUGAUGCAGCCAAUGAUGGAUCGACAGCAGUUCAUGCAGCAGCAAGGGCAGUAUGGUCAACACCGCCCCGAUUUCAUGCAACAAUAUGGCCGGGGUCCUGCUGCCGGAUAUCCGCCAAUGAUGCAUCAUUCACAACAGCAGAUGAUGAUGGAUGCGAAUGGUCGUCCACCAACUCAUAUGAUGAUGAUGACCAAUGGACAUCCUGGAAUGGGCCAUGGCCCACAAUCAGGACAACUAGGAGCUCAAUCCGUAGCUGCACAACAUGCUGCACAACAAGCGGCGGUUGUUGCAGCUCAACAUGCAGCUGCCCAGCAGCAACAACAACAGCAACAAAGAGAGCAAGAGGCUGCAGCGGCUGCACAACGGAAUGGUGCCGCUCGUGCAACAACUCCAGGAUCUAGCAUGCUCGCUACUCACCAAGAUCCAGAGAAGAGAAAACUGAUACAACAACAGUUAGUGCUGCUGCUUCACGCACAUAAGUGCUCUCAACGAGAAAAGGAAAACCGUGAUUAUGCAGCGAAGAACCAGCCACUUCCACACGCCCCUUGCACUUUGCCACACUGCUCUACGAUGAAAGAUGUGUUGACCCAUAUGACAAGCUGCAACGUUGGUCGACUGUGUCCAUUUGCCCAUUGUGCAUCGUCUCGACAAAUAAUUGCUCAUUGGAAGAAUUGUUCUCGAGAAGACUGUCCUGUAUGCAAACCUCUCAAGAGGAUACAGGAUACUCCGCUUCAAUUUUCAUUGCCUGAUCUUGCCAACCUGAUCGGAGUAAAUGGAAAUUCAAAUGGAAGUGCAGAAGGAGAGGGAAUGUCGCAGUUUGGUUCUCCUGCAAUGCGUACUGGGCACAUUACGAAUACGUUGUUCGAAGGUUACCCUGGCGAUCCAUUCCGUAAUGGGCCGAACCGCGGAGGACCACAGCGACCAGGUGGUAGCAACGGAGAGAUUCCCAACUUACCACCACCGGAUAUGCCAGAUUGUACAAAGGAAUGGCAUCAUCAAGUCACCAAAGAUCUCCGGAAUCAUCUUGUUGGAAAGUUGGUGAAGGCCAUAUUCCCGGAGCCAGAUCCAGGAGCAAUGAAUGAUAAUAGAUUGAAAGAUUUGAUAGCUUACGCUAGAAAAGUUGAGAAGGAAAUGUUCGAAUCGGCAAAUGAUCGAGAAGAAUACUAUCAUCUACUUGCUGAGAAGAUUUACAAAAUCCAAAAAGAACUCCAAGAAAAGAAGAACUCGCGGUUAAAUCAAGGAGCUGCUGCACAUGAUCCGUAUAACAACAUUCCACCAUCGAACGAACUUGCCCAAAUGCUGGGAGUCGAAGGACGUAACGAUGCUCAUAUGGAAGGAAGCAGUAUAGCAAUCGCACCAUCUCAGCAGAAUCAACAAUGGGGAGGAGCUCCGAACUCUAAUAUGCAACAGCAGAUGCCCCCGAACGGUCAGAUUCCACCUUUUAACAAUGGAUCUACAUUCCCUCAAAGUGGAAACAGCACACCUAACAUUGGCGCUUCAUCGUCAAAUGCUAGCGCUUUGAUUCACCCAAAAACGGAACCAAUGGAUGAACAAAAUACUGAUUCGAUGGGCUCGAGACCACCUACAGCGGUUGGGUUAGGAGGAUCAAGUUCAUCAACUCCAGCGCCAGUAAUGAAUGGAACAAUCAAGAAAGAAGAUGAUCCUAUGGAUGAGGCUUCAAAUCAACCCCCCGAUUCCGCGAAGGAGGCAAAGGAGAACGCUGUCGAUAAUAAGCCAAAAGAACCUCAAGUGAAACGGGAACCAACACCACCGCCGACGGAAGACACAGUUUUUACACAAGAAGAUCUCAUAAAGUUCUUGCUUCCGGUGUGGGAAAUAUUGGACAAGUCAGAGGACGCUUUUCCAUUCCGUCUUCCAGUAGAUACAAAGCUUCUCAAUAUUCCGGACUACCAUGAAAUAAUCAAAAAACCGAUGGAUCUGGAAACGAUACACAAAAAGCUGCAUUCAAGUCAGUACCAAAAUGCUGGUCAAUUCUGCGAUGACAUAUGGCUGAUGCUCGACAAUGCUUGGCUCUACAACCGGAAGAACAGCAAAGUUUACAAGUUCGGAAUCAAGUUAUCGGAGUUAUUCGUCGCUGAAAUGGAUCCAGUAAUGAAAGUCAUGGGAUAUUGUUGUGCUAAGAAACUCGCUUUUACACCACUCUCACUAUUCUGUUAUGGUGCUGCCAUGUGUACAAUUGCAAGAGAACAGCAGUAUUGGGUUUAUGAGCAGAGUUCCACUCAAUUCAACGUGACUGUCACCGAAAGAUAUACAUAUUGUCAAAAGUGUUUCGACAACCUUCCACCAGAAGGAAUUUCAUUAUCGGAGAACCCGAAUGAUCGUUCCAAUAUGGCUCCGAAGACUGCUUUCGUAGAACAGAAAAACAGUGUGAUUGAUUAUGAACCAUUCGAACGCUGCAAGUAUUGUAUGCGGAAGUGGCAUAGAAUUUGUGCACUUCAUGAUAAAAAGGUCUACUCAGACGGAUUCAUAUGCGAGUGUUGUCGGACAGCGAAGAAAUAUCCAAAGCCGGAAAACAAAUAUCUUGCUAGUAAACUUCCACACAACAAACUGUCAUCAUUCCUCGAAGAUCGUGUCAACGGAUUCAUAAAGAAACAGUUACAAGCGGAAGCACACAAAUAUCCAGUUAUAAUACGAACACUUUGUGUGCAAGACAAGGAAGCUGAGGUUAAACCUCAGAUGAAACAGAAGUACGUGGAAACGAAUCAGUUCCCUGAAAAGUUCCCCUAUCGGACGAAAGCAGUGUUUGCAUUUGAAAUCAUCGAUGGUGUCGAAGUGUGCUUUUUUGGUCUUCAUGUUCAAGAAUAUGGAAGUGAAUGCCCUGCUCCGAAUGCCCGACGAGUAUACAUCGCUUAUCUUGACUCAGUUCAUUUCUUCCAACCACGAGAACUGAGAACGGACGUAUAUCAUGAAAUACUUUUGGGAUACUUGGAUUAUGCGAAGGCGCUUGGUUAUACCAUGGCUCAUAUUUGGGCUUGCCCACCAUCAGAAGGAGACGAUUACAUCUUCCAUUGCCAUCCUCCUGAGCAGAAGAUUCCGAAACCAAAACGCCUUCAAGAUUGGUACAAGAAAAUGUUAGAGAAAGGAGUUCAAGAAGGUAGCGUUGUGGAAUUCAAGGAUAUAUACAAGCAAGCACGAGAUGAUAAUCUGGUGACACCAACUCAACUGCCAUAUUUCGAAGGAGAUUUCUGGCCAAAUGUCAUUGAAGACUGUAUACGGGAAGCAUCGAAUGAGGAAGCCCAGCGAAAAGUUAAAGAAGAAGAUGAUGAUGGUGAUGAAGCUGAUGGAGGCCUUGGUGGAAAUGAUAGUGGAAAAAAGAAGAGUACCAAGAACAAAAAGAACAACUUGAAGAAGAGCUCUAAGAUGAACAAGAAGAAGGCCGGAAGUAUCACCGGAAAUGAGGUCGCCGACAAGUUGUUUUCACAGUUCGAGAAACAUAAAGAAGUUUUCUUCACUAUCCGACUUGUCAGUCUACAAGACGAACCAGCUGUGUUGGCAAAUAGAAUAGUUGAUCCUGAUGGUUUGAUGCCUUCAGAUAUGAUGGAUGGUCGUGAUACUUUCCUUACGAAAGCAAGAGAAGAACAUUGGGAGUUUUCAUCAUUGAGAAGAGCGAAGUACUCGACUCUUUGCCUCGCCUAUUCUCUUCACGAGACUGAUUCGAAAGGAAUGGAGUACAGUUGUAACAAAUGUAACGGACCUGCUGCGUGGCAUUGUCAGAGUUGCGAAGACUUCGAUUUGUGUGAAAGUUGCAAGGCACAAACAACGCAUCAUCACGAGAUGGAGAAGAUCAAGUCAAUUCUUCAGGAUAACCAAGGAGAUAGCGCUGCUGGUGGUACUCGCUACGAAAGCAUCCAGAGAUGUAUCGCAUCUCUUGUUCAUGCUUGCCAAUGUCGUGACGCAAACUGUAGAAGGAUGUCGUGUCACAAGAUGAAACGGGUCGUUCAGCACACGAAGAUGUGCAAGAAGAGGAUCAAUGGAACUUGCCCAGUUUGUAAACAACUUAUUGCUCUGUGCUGUUACCAUGCUAAGCAUUGUACGCGAGACGGUUGCACAGUUCCAUUCUGUAUGAACAUUCGUCAGAAACUUGCUGAACAGAAACGGUCACAACAACGACGAGCGGAUAUGAUGAUGAGAAGAAGAAUGGAAGGGCUUCAGUCACAUGUCGGAGGAGGUGCCGUCGCUCCACCAACCCCAAGUACGUCAACAAACGGAGCUCCAAGUAAUGCACCGACGCCGCCAGUCAAUGCGGGACCAGGCUCAAGUAGUAACGUUGCUGCGAAAGGAGGCGGAGUUGGUCAGGUACAGAUGCAACAACAGCAAGGCAGUCACAUGGGCAGUGGAGGACCACUGAGUGCAGGAAUUGGUCAAGGAAUGGGUAGCUUUGGCGGAAUGUCUGGAAUGGGUGGAGGUCCAAGUUCACAAAAUGGACCACUUCCAGGAUUAAAUCAGCCGAUGAGCUCUUCGAACCAGAAUCGAUUUCUUCCUAAUGGCCAAGGAUUCGGUCAACCUCAAGUGCCGGGAGGACAGCAAAAUAUGUACCCGGGAAUGCAAAGACCAGGCAUGAAUCAUGGAGGUUUAGGAGGAGGAAUCUCACUCCCACCACAACAACAGCAGCAGCCUGGACAACAUCUAGGACAACAGCAACCAGGCUGUCAAGGAAUGCCUAAUAUGGGUCAGAACCAACCAUUCAGAUCAAAUCAAGAUAUGUAUAACAUGAUGAACAUGCAACAACAACAAGGUCAACAACAACCUCAGGGACCUAUCGAUCCCACGUUACAACCACAGAUAACUAAGAUCAAUGCCCGGUUAAAAGCCGCAAAAACUAAAGCAGAACGAGAUUCGGUGUUCUCUGAUCUCAAGAAGACGCCUCAUUUAUUUCAUGCUUGGCUAAGGGUACACGGAAACAACGCGCAAUACCCACCAGGAAUGGCUCAACAGAUGCAAGGCCUUCCUCAAAUGCAAAUGGGUCAAAACCAACAACAACAACCUGGAGGUAUGCGUGGUAAUGUGAACUUUCCGGCUGGACCGAAUGGGAAUCAACCACGUGGACCAGGUGGCCAAUUCGCCUCAAUGAAUCCCGGAAUGCCACAGCAUGUUCAACAACAGCAACAAGGAUGGCCACAACAACGGCAACAAAACCCUGGACUGCCUCCAAAUCCGAUGCAAUUCAACCAGAACCGACAACAGCAAAUGAUGAUGAUGCAGCAACAACAAUCUCAUCCUUCAAAUGCUGGUGGUCAGUAA